CAAAGUUUUUGAGAUGGUUAAAGGCGCCAACAUUGCUGCAUAAAAAGUCUAAGUUGGGGGGCCAAUUUUGCCCAUUAGUUAGGCAGAAGCCCAUGAGUCCUUGGCGCUCCAUAUCGUGGUGAGGACAGUCUAGGAGAGUGUGCAGGGCGUCCCCAAUAACAGAGUCAUUGCAGUCACAUUUGUCAUCUUCUCUUUUGCCAAACCGAGCGAGGUAGGCUGGGAAAUUCCCAUGCCCGGUGAGGCACUGCGUAAGAUAAUAGGAAGGGGUGAUGUGCUUUAGGAGUUGACGACUCCUAACAGAUGGCAGAAAAUUGAAAGUAAGCCUUCCAGUUGUUGAAUCUGUCCAAUCCUUCUGCCACUCCUCGAUGAUCUGAUUGUAUAAUAGUUUGUUAAUGUAAGUGAUGGGGACCUUCCCAAAGGAGGGGGUAACAUGGAGGUUGGCAACCUUCCUGGCAAGGGCAUCAGCCCUUUCGUUACCAGGAAUUCCGCUGUGCCCGGGGGCCCAGACGAAUUUGAUUUUCCUACGUUUUUGUAGGUUAGUCGCUAGGUAGUAGACAUUUGUGCCAGUGGAGGAGCGUUUGGCGGUACCAGCAAUGACACUUAACACGUACCUGCUAUCCGUAAUGAAAUAGAUGCUUCCUGUAUAUUUUCGGAGGUUUUUAGUGAUUUCUGUCAGAGCUUUAAACAUAGCCCAUAGCUCGGCUUGGUUAUUUGAGCAGUGGGCUUCUAAUUUAUGAUAUUCUUCUUUGAUGUAUUUGUUGGUGUUGUCUUGGACUACAAAGGCCGCUCCUGUGCCGAGGUCGUUCUUAGCCCCGUCCGUAAAGAUCCGCCAAUUCGGGGUAGCAGAUGGAUCGUAAGUUUCAAGUGGCAUUGCUAAUGAGGCCCAGUCGGCCGGGUGGUGGAUCUGCUCGGAUUUCGAUAUGAGGUUAUCUAUCCCAUAUUUGUGCUUUAAUUUCAGGAUGUCUUUGCAAUUAUUCAUGUAGUCAGUACGGGCUUUAUCCAUUUUAUUGAUUAUGGCAUCCGUGUUGGCUUCUUCGUUCUGAAUGUUCCAGUUCCAGGUAAGGAGUUUGAUUUUUAGGUGUAUGAUUCCACUGACUAUGCAAACACCAUUGUCAAACUUCUAGGCUUACAGGAAAGCUGCGCUGAACGUCUGAUGUACACGUUUCCACGUUUAACACUUCGGCCUCAAUCUCGCUAUUAUAUCUUUAACUGCAUCGUCACCGAAUACGAAAGACAGCAAUUACGCGCCAUAAUCCUUAGAAACGGGGCAUCUGGCCAUGCAACCUAAAUGACCUCUUAACUACUGAACAACUUCGAUUGUUUUCGCCACCUGGCAAAGACUUUUCACAAGCUCACAGCUGUAACCUCUAACACCGUGACAUCCAUAACCGUGCCUCCUUUGUCACCGUGCAAGGACAAUAUACUACAAGGAUAGCCAGAUCCCUAUUCUACAAUGUUAGCCAGGAAUGGCAAGUUAGUGACGUCACACGUGUCCUGACCUCUUUGUUUACCUAGAGCAGGGUGUGCACGUGUUUAGUUUUCGCUUUUAAUAUUCGUCCAAUUUUGUGAUUAACGAAGUGAUUUAUUUUAAUAUUUCUGUAAUUGUUUUAUUUGACUAAGUUUUUUAUAAGGUAAGAUGAUUUAAAUAUAAGUCAUUAAAUAUUUAAAGCUAUAUUUUUAUGUUAGGUGAAGAACAAAAUGCCGGGUACUAGGUGUGCUGUGUAUGGUUGCAAUAAUAACUUUUUUGCAGUAAAAGCUAAAGGAGAAAGAGUAACGUUUCAUGUGUUUCCUAGACAAAAAGACUUAAUUUCUAAAAGAAUUAGGUCUGAAUGGAUUAAUCGUUGCAAAAGGAGCGAUAAAUUUAAUCCAGAUACAAGUAGAAUAUGUUCUGUUCAUUUUGUUCAAAGUGAUUAUGAAAGAGAUUUACGAAAUGAAUUGCUGGGUUUACCAGAAAGAAAGAUUCUGAAGAAAACAGCUAUCCCUACAUUAAAUCUUUCGGAUAGAAUGAACCCAACAGUUAUGGAACGAGAAAGAAGUUCAAAAAGAAAACAAAAAGAAGAAGUUAAUGAUCUUUUAACAAAUACUGAUAACAAUAGUAACAAUCUUCAAGAUGAAUGUCAUUACGAAAUUAAAUAUAAGAAGCUGUUAGAAGAAUAUAAUGUUUUAAAAUCAGAAUAUGAAAAAUUGAAAGAAGAUCAUAAAAAAAGAAUAAAAGUAUUAAACGAUUUUCCAGAAAGGAAUGAUAAUCUCAAUGAAAUCGCUAAUUGGUCUUUUUCAAGAUAUGAAAUCGACUUUUGAUAUAAAAUACAUCUGUACUCACAAGUUAAAUCAAGAUUGUCUGGAAAACUUUUUUUUUCAAAUUAGAAGCCGGGGUCCUAAUGAACAUCCAAGCCCAUUAAAUGCUAUUUAUAGGAUUAGAUUGAUUAUUUUAGGUAAGAAUCCUGGUAUUUUAGAGUCAAAAGUAAAUACUAUAGAUCAAAGACAAGAAGAAUAUAUUAUACCCAAAGUUUUAGAGAAAGCACAUGUAGAAGUAUCAAGUGAAAAUACAGACCAAUAUACUAAAUGUAAAACUACUUUUUCUUCAAAUAAACCUUCAGGAAACUCUACAUGCAAUCCAGCCUUUAAUACAAUCUCUGAAGAAACUUCUCACGAUGCUCUCGAGUAUAUAGCAG